UCCCCUUUCUCCACCGGCCGCCCGUUCUGUCCUUAAAGCCGCCAUUACCGUCUGUAUAACGUGUGGGCGCCGCGGGCUGAGAGAUAAAAGACACAGACGCGAAAAGAAAAAAAAAAAACCGCCGCAACGAACGGUCACUUUUUUUUGGGGGGGAAAAAAAAAGCUUUUUUUUUCUCCCCUCUGACAAAUUUGAAGAAUCAAAUCUUUUUGUUUUGGCUCGUCUAUUGGGAGAGAGAGAAAGAGGAAAAAAAAACCUCCCGUCGUGAGAGAAGCUGUCUGGAGGAAGGAGAGAAAAGUUUUUUUUUUAAAAAAAAAAUAAAUUUUUUAAAAAUUCCGAGAGGAAAAUGGGCGACAAACUCGACAUGUCCCUGGACGACAUCAUCAAACUCAACCGGCAGAAAAGCCCGGGCGGCCGCGGCGGCCGAGGCGGCGGCGGCCGGGGUGGAGGAGGUGGUGGAGGUGGAGGUGGAGGUGGCGGCGGGAUGGGCCGGGGAGCAGGCCGAGGCGGCCUAGCCGGUCGAGGAGCAGCGGGAGGCCGCGGUGGCGGUGGAGCUGGGGCGGGGGGCCUGGCUGUAGGCCUCAUGCGCAACAGACAGAGUGCAAUCCGAGGAAGAAACCGACCGGCUCCGUACAGCAGGCCGAAACAACUCCCAGACAAGUGGCAGCAUGACCUUUUUGACAGUGGUUUUGGAGCUAGCGGUGGGGUUGAAACUGGCGGGAAACUCUUGGUGUCGAACUUAGACUUUGGUGUGUCUGAUGCGGAUAUUCAGGAACUUUUUGCUGAGUUUGGGACACUGAAGAAAGCUGCCGUACAUUAUGAUAGAUCGGGUCGCAGCCUGGGGACAGCAGAUGUACACUUUGAGCGAAAAGCAGAUGCUCUGAAGGCAAUGAAGCAGUAUAAUGGAGUUCCCUUAGAUGGGCGACCAAUGAACAUUCAACUGGUUACCUCACAGAUUGAUGCCCAAAGAAGACCACUUGUCGGUGGAAACCGAGGAUUAAACCGAACCCGAGGUAGUGCGUUCGGGGGUGGAAACAGACGAUCCAGAGGCGGCAACAGAGGUGGAAGAGGUGGUCGGGGUGGAAGGAAUCCAAGGCAGCAGCUUUCAGCAGAAGAGCUGGAUGCCCAACUGGAUGCUUAUAAUGCCAGGAUGGACACAAGUUAAGUGACCUUGAAAUUGACUCAUCAGUGGUUGACUUUUUUUUCCUUGUGGGAGGGACACGAACAAUGUAGUCUAGUAACUCCAUGAAAUAGGUUUUUAAAUAUAUGUAACUUUUUAAGUCACAGUCCUGUUUUGUACUGAAUGUUUUCAUUUUGGGAUACGUUUUACUGGUUGCAUGUCUUCAUGGGAGGAUGGACUUGCCCCGCCAGACCAUGAAAUAAAUGCGCACUGUUAACUGAA